AUGACCACCGAAUUAAGACAAAGACAGGCAGAAUUCACCAAACAAUUACACGGCGAGGAAAUUGGUCCCAAGGUCGGUCUAUCUGCCUUAUUAUCCAAGGACAAGAAAUCUCAAAAACUAGCCGUCUCUCAAUAUUUAGAUAAUUGGAAAGGUGGUGUCUACGACCAAGAUCAAGAACAAGAAAGAUUAGAAAAUUACAACGAGACCACUCAUUCUUAUUAUAAUAUCGUCACGGAUUUCUACGAAUAUGGAUGGGGGUCUAGUUUCCAUUUUUCUCGUUUUUACAAAGGUGAAUCCUUCCAAGCUUCUAUCGCUAGACAUGAACAUUAUUUAGCAUAUAUGGCUGGUAUCAAGAAACAAGAUCUAGUCCUAGAUGUUGGAUGUGGUGUUGGUGGUCCCGCAAGAGAAAUCGCUAAUUUCACUGGAUGCCACAUUGUGGGAUUAAAUAAUAAUGAUUAUCAAAUUGCAAAGGCUAAAUGGGGAGCUAAGAAGGCAGGAUUGGAUAAAAAUUUGGAAUUCAUUAAGGGCGAUUUUAUGGAUUUGAAUGGUACUUUUGAAGAAAAUACGUUUGAUAAAGUUUAUGCCAUUGAAGCUACUUGUCAUGCUCCUAAUUUAGAAAAAUGUUAUAAGGAAAUUUAUAAAGUUUUGAAACCAGGUGGGGUUUUCGCUGUGUAUGAAUGGGUUAUGACUGAUAAAUUCGAUGAAAAUAAUGAAGAACAUCAAAAGAUUCGUUAUGAAAUUGAAUUGGGUGAUGGUAUUCCAAAAAUGUUCUCAGUUGAUGUCGCUAGAGAUGCUUUGAAAAAUUGUGGGUUUGAUGUAUUGGUCGAUAAAGAUUUGGCUGAUAAUAAUGAUGAAGUUCCAUGGUAUUAUCCAUUAACUGGUGAAUGGAAAUAUGUUCAAAGUAUUAAUGAUUUGGCCACUUUCUUUAGAACAAGUUAUUUGGGUAGAAAAUUUACUAAUACAAUGGUCUCUGUGAUGGAAAAAGUUGGUAUUGCUCCUGAAGGUUCUGUUAAAGUUACUGAAGCUUUAGAGAAUGCUGCUGUGGGUCUUGUUGCCGGUGGUAGAUCUAAAUUGUUUACUCCAAUGAUGUUAUUUGUUGCCAAGAAACCAGAAGAACCAUCAGCAUAA